AUGGUUUUCUUCUCGAGACAUGUUCAAGAGAAUUCGAUGAAAGAAAAAACACCGUAUUAUUUGUUAUUCCUCCUGUUUGUCGUUGGUGAGUCGCAGGUAAAGUCAAAAAGUCACGCGGUGAAAUUGACAACCAACGGCAAUCAGGACAGCCUCCGUAUAGCGGAGUGCUCCGAGCACGUGCGCUUCCAUCACGUGACGCCUCAUCCACCAACCCCGUCACUGAAAUCGGCGUGGAGACACAGCAAGAGUUACUCUAUAUCCCGAGCAACGGACAACACGAGAAAGUUGGGCAAAUCCAACGUUACUCAAGGCAUCCUUGAAGCUCGCAUUAAAACGCUGGACUCCAGCUGGGAGAAAUUUCAAGCCCAACAUGAGAUUCUCUGCACGCGAUUCUUCGCUGAACUCAGCAAAACCGAGUACUUCACGACGGAUCUAUAUGAAACCACAGAGAAUGCUUACGUUAUGCAACGGGGCACCCUGACUGACUGGGCAACCAGCCUGACGCAAACGGAGAGAAGUGGCAAUGCAGCAACCGCUUCAGCCAGGGAGGCCACUCCGCACAACCUCCUGCCGCGCAUCAACCUGCCUCAGUUCUCGGGUGCCAUUGAGGACUGGAUCUCCUUCCGCGACCUGUUCCUCUCCGUCAUCAAUCGCCAUCACACGAUCACGGACGUUGAGAAGCUGCAUUACCUUCAAACGUCCCUGCAAGAUGAAGCGGCAAAAUUAGUGAGAGACAUACCUCUAAUCCACGGCAAUUUUGAGCGAGCCUGGGUUACGCUCCGGGAGUUUUACAAAAAUCAGCGAGUCCUGGUGCGCUCCAACUUCGCCGCUUUCACGGCUCUCGCGAAGAUGAAAAGCGAGUCCGCGAUCAAGCUGCGACGAAUCUUCCACGGCAUGACAAACACCGUGAACGCUCAGGAGAGCCUCGGUCGACCAAUCGCCACUCACGGCAUGGAUCUCUUCGUCCACAUCGUGGUCGAGCUCUUCGAUCCGCAAACUCGUCGCGACUGGGAGACCACCAUCCGGACAUCGUCGAAGCCUCCCGAGUACGACACCUUCCGAACCUUCAUCAUCGAGAAGAUGCGCUCGCUCGAGGCUCUCUCGCCUGUCACAUCCAAGGGUGAGUCCAAGACCAGCCAAGCCAAGGCUAGCGGCACGCGAUCCGCGAAGUCUAACCAUGCCAAGACCACCUCGGGAUCGGGCAGCUGCGUGGUGUGCAAGAACUCACACUAUCUGAUGGGCUGUAGUGAAUUUCGAGCGAAGACUCCGAGCGAGAGAAAGAGCAUAGUUGAGAGCAAGAACUUAUGCUCUAACUGCUUAGGCAACCACCCUAUUGCCAAGUGUCCGUCGACCAAGACGUGCAUCAUCUGCAACGCGAAACACCAUUCGCUGCUGCACGAUGGCACCUCCAAACCAGCGGUCGCCGAGGCCAGCACCCUCACGGCAGUGCAGCAUGGCGACGAUCGCAAGGCCAUUCUGCUGGCCACCGCACGCCUCUCCAUCACUGACCGCCAUGGAAAUCAGCAACCGGUGAGAGCUCUGAUUGAUCAGGGCUCAGAGGUCUCGCUGAUCUCCGAGGCGCUGGCGCAACGACUCAAGCUGCAGCGCUCCAAGUCGACCUUCGCCAUCUUCGGCAUCGGGGGGACUCGUUCCGGCCAGGCUCGAGGGAAAGUCACCCUGCAGCUCACAUCAAAGAUGACUGGAGCAACAGUCACCGCGGUCGCCGUCGUUUUGCCGCAUCUGUCGCUCUACCACGGCACAGGCCUGCGACAGAUCGACGCCUGGCCGCACCUCCUCAACCUUCAAUUGGCUGAUCCUCAGUUCUCGGCCACUGAUCCAGUCGAGCUGCUGCUCGGCGCCGAGGUCUGCUCAGUCAUCCUCGAGGAGGGCCUUCGAAAAGGCGAUCCUGAGGCGCCCAUUGCCCAGCAUACCGCUUUCAGCUGGAUCAUCUCCGGCGGUGCGACUGCAGCGUCGCUGCACGGAGCUUCGUCCUGCCACGCCGCUAUCGACCAAGAGCUCACUAGCCUGGUGCAAAAGUUCUGGGAACAGGAGGCGGAGACUAAGCCGGUCGCCGCCCUGACUCCUGCCGAGCAACAAUGCAAGGAACACUUCGUGCGAACGCACCUCCGGCUGCCGUCGGGACGGUACAUAGUGCGCCUCCCGUGGGCAACCCCUCCAGCUGAUCUCCACGAGACUCGUCAAGCAGCGCUGCACCUCCUCCGCUCCAUGGAACGGAAGAGUGCCAAGGAUCCCCGAUUUGGCAAGCUGUACCAGGCCUUUCUGAAAAAGUACGAGGACCUUGAGCACAUGACGGUGGCAGCCGCUCCUCAACAAGGUGAGCAAGUUGUUUACUUACCGCAUCACGGUGUCCUCAAGGAGGCGAGCACCACCACCAAACUCCGCGUCGUGUUUAACGGGUCGCAACGCGUAUCGACGGGCGAGACUCUCAACUCUUUUCUGCACGUGGGCGCAAAUCUGGUGCCGCCGCUGGCCGACGUCCUGCUCCGAUGGCGUCGUCACUUGUUCGCGAUGAUAGCGGACAUUGAAAAGAUGUACCGCCAAGUAUUGGUGCAUCCCGAUGACCGCGAUUAUCAGCGCAUCGUGUGGCGCCCGACCCCGACGAGUGAAGUGCUCGACUACCGCACGAACACUGUAACGUACGGCAUGGCUAGUUCGCCGUUUCUUGCCAUAAGAUCCAUCAAGCAACUAGCCAAGGACGAGCAAGUCCGAUAUCCGGAGGGCGCAGAGACCCUCGAGGAAGACUGUUACGUGGACGAUGUCGUCACUGGGGCGUCAACUCUCCGCGGCGCGAUCGUCCUUCAGACUCAACUUCGCGCGUUGUGCGGAUUCCCGCUCCGUAAGUGGGCCGCCAACAACGAGGACGUGCUCGACGGGAUUCCUCUUGCGCACCGGUUACACCAAACGUCACACGACUGGGACCUCGAGAGCCACUCUACUCUCGGCUUGCGCUGGUUCACGGGCACAGACAGUUUCGCGUUCCAGAUCAAGUCACGCGUCGUCCCUACAUUCACGAAACAAACCGCAUUAGCUGAAACCGCCCGAUUGUUUGACCCGCUCGGAUGGCUCGCCCCAGUCGUUGUGCGCGCAAAAAUUCUCAUGCAAUCCGCGUGGAUGCAGAGACUCGAAUGGGACACACCACUCCCACCAGCCGACGCGCGCGUGUGGCAGGAGCUCAUCGCCGAGCUUCCCAUCCUCGAGGCCGUCCGGAUUCCCCGCUGGAUAGGGGUCGGGACGUGCGACAUUCGGUUCGAACUCCACGGAUUCGCCGACGCGUCGGAGCGCGGCUUCUCAGCUGUCGUCUAUCUCCGCGUGACAAACGCGUCCGACGACACUCAGGUGCACUUGCUCGCGGCCAAAACGAGGGUCGCCCCGUUAAAACAGGUGUCAUUGCCGCGCCUUGAACUCUCGGCCGCCGCCCUCCUCACUGACACCGCGCACCACGUUCAAGACACAUUGAAACUGCCUGCUUCGGAGACUCAUUUGUGGUCAGACCCCACGGUGACCCUCCACUGGAUUCGUGGUCAUUCAUCGCGGUGGAAAACGUACGUUGCGAACCGCGUAUCACACAUACAGCGGCGCCUCCCGGAAGCCCGAUGGCACCACGUGCCGGGCAGUGAGAAUCCUGCCGAUUGUGCUUCGCGCGGCAUCUCUCCUCGCAAACUCCUGGACCAUCCGCUGUGGUGGAGCGGCCCUGGUUGGCUCAAACUGCCUAAGUCCUCCUGGCCGAGCAAGCCCAACGAGGACUUCGACGAGGACACUGGGGAGCAGCGAGCGUCCUGCAGCACCGCCAUUGUGGAGGCGAACGAGCCCGAGUUGCUGCGUCGCUUCUCUGGGCUGCAGCGGCUCCUUCGAGUGACAGCGUGGUGUCUUCGCUGGCGCCGUCCUCAGAAAACGUCACUCACUCCCGAGGAAGUCACUCGCGCAAUUCACGUUUGGCUCCGCACCGUGCAGCACUGCCACUACGGCACUGAGAUCACCACACUCAAGGCCACUCAGCCUGUUCAUCAUCGCAGUCGGCUCGCCCGGCUGAAUCCCUUCCUCGACGUUCACGGAAUUCUCCGAGUUGGAGGCCGCCUGAAACACUCCAUCCUCCCCUUCGACGAACGCCACCCGACAAUUAUCCCGCCGACGUCGUGGCUCACUCGACUCAUUGUGGAUUCCUGUCAUCGACGAACACUGCACGGUGGGGUGCAACUCACUCUGGGCACCGUCCGUCAGCAGUACUGGAUACCUCAAGGACGAGCCGUGGUGAAACAACUGCUGCAUCGAUGUGUCACAGUGCUCGGUGGCGGGCGGCCACUCCACAGCCGCCAAUGGGCAAUCUACCCGGGGCCCGAGUCACGCCGUCGCGACCGUUUCUCCGCACUGGGCUAG